AUAAAAUACCCUACAUAAACCUCGUUCGCUGAUUAAAAAUAAAUGCAAUUGUUGAAAUUAAAGAAAAAACUAUGAACCGGUUGAUAUUAGUUUCGAUUUGUGUUUGUGUGUUGUGUACGUAUGGAAAUCCUGUGACGAUAACCUCGGAAAACUCAACUGCAACAUCUGAAUCGGCUACCACAAAACAUGAUUCAACAAUUAGCACUACAACUAACAGUUCAACAGAUACAACAAAUAAUUCAAUAACUAGCGCUACAACUAAUAGUUCAACAGAUAUAACAAAUGGAUCAACAACUAGCACUACAACUGAUAGUGCAACAGAUGAUUUAACCACUAGCGCUACAACUAAUAGUUCAACAGAUACAACAAAUGGGUCAACAACUAGCGCUAUAAUUAACAGUUCAACAGAUACAACAGAUGAUUCAACAACUAGCUUUACAACUGAUAGUGCAACAGAUGAAUCAACAACUAACGCUACAGCUAACAGUUCAACAGAUACAACAGAUGAUUCAACAACUAGCGCUACAACUAAUAGUUCAACAGAUACAACAAAUGAGUCAACAACUAGCACUACAACUGAUAGUGCAACAGAUACAACAGAUGAUUCAAUAACUAGCGCUACAACUAACACUUCAACAGAUACAACAAAUGAUUCAACAACUAGCGCAACAACUGAUCGUUCAACAAAUACAACAGAUCAAUCAAUAACUAGCGCUACAACUAACAGUUCAACAGAUACAACAAAUGAUUCAACAACUAGUGCUACAACUAAUAGUUCAACAGAUACAACAAAUGAGUCAACAACUAGCGUUACAACUGAUAGUGCAACAGAUGAAUCAACAACUAACGCUACAGCUAACAGUUCAACAGAUACAACAGAUGAUUCAACAACUAGUGCUACAACUAAUAGUUCAACAGAUACAACAAAUGAUUCAACAACUAGCGCAACAACUGAUCGUUCAACAUAUACAACAGAUCAAUCAACAACUAGCACUACAACUGAUAGUGCAACAGAUACAACAAAUGAUUCAACAACUAGUGCUACAACUAAUAGUUCAACAGAUGAAUCAACAACUAGCGCUACAACUAACAGUUCAACAGAUACAACAAAUGAUUCAACAACUAGUGCUACAACUGAUAGUGCAACAGAUGAAUCAACAACUAACGCUACAGCUAACAGUUCAACAGAUACAACAGAUGAUUCAACAACUAGCGCUACAACUAACAGUUCAACAGAUACAACAAAUGAGUCAACAACUAGUGCUACAACUAAUAGUUCAACAGAUGAAUCAACAACUAGCGCUACAACUAACAGUUCAACAGAUACAACAAAUGAGUCAACAACUAGCGUUACAACUGAUAGUGCAACAGAUGAAUCAACAACUAACGCUACAGCUAACAGUUCAACAGAUACAACAGAUGAUUCAACAACUAGCGCUACAACUAAUAGUUCAACAGAUACAACAGAUGAUUCAACAACUAGCGCUACAACUAAUAGUUCAACAGAUGAAUCAACAACUAGCGCUACAACUAACAGUUCAACAUAUACAACAGAUCAAUCAACAACUAGCGCUACAACUAACAGUUCAACAGAUACAACAAAUGAUUCAAUAACUAGCGCUACAACUAACAGUUCAACAGAUACAACAAAUGAGGCAACAACUAGCGCUACAACUAACAGUUCAACAGAUACAACAAAUGAUUCAAUAACUAGCGCUACAACUAACACUUCAACAGAUACAACAAAUGAGGCAACAACUAGCGCUACAACUAACAGUUCAACAGAUACAACAAAUGAUUCAAUAACCAGCGCUACAACUAACACUUCAACAGAUACAACAAAUGAUUCAACAACUAGCGCAACAACUGAUCGUUCAACAUAUACAACAGAUGAUUCAACAACUAACACUUCAACAGAUAUAACAAAUGAUUCAACAACUAGCGCAACAACUGAUCGUUCAACAGAUGAAUCAACAACUAACGCUACAGCUAACAUUUCAACAGAUACAACAGAUGAUUCAACAACUAGCGCUACAACUAACAGUUCAACAGAUACAACAGAUGAUUCAAAAACUAGCGCUACAACUAACAGUUCAACAGAUAUAACAAAUGAUUCAACAACUAGCGCAACAACUGAUCGUUCAACAGAUGAAUCAACAACUAACGCUACAGCUAACAUUUCAACAGAUACAACAGAUGAUUCAACAACUAGCGCUACAACUAACAGUUCAACAGAUACAACAGAUGAUUCAAAAACUAGCGCUACAACUAAUAGUUCAACAGAUACAACAAAUGAGUCAACAACUAGCACUACAACUGAUAGUGCAACAGAUACAACAGAUGAUUCAAUAACUAGCGCUACAACUAACAGUUCAACAGAUACAACAAAUGAGGCAACAACUAGCGCUACAACUAACAGUUCAACAGAUACAACAAAUGAUUCAAUAACUAGCGCUACAACUAACACUUCAACAGAUACAACAAAUGAGGCAACAACUAGCGCUACAACUAACAGUUCAACAGAUACAACAAAUGAUUCAAUAACUAGCGCUACAACUAACAGUUCAACAGAUACAACAAAUGAGGCAACAACUAGCGCUACAACUAACAGUUCAACAGAUACAACAAAUGAUUCAAUAACUAGCGCUACAACUAACAGUUCAACAGAUACAACAAAUGAGGCAACAACUAGCGCUACAACUAACAGUUCAACAGAUACAACAAAUGAUUCAAUAACUAGCGCUACAACUAACACUUCAACAGAUACAACAAAUGAGGCAACAACUAGCGCUACAACUAACAGUUCAACAGAUACAACAAAUGAUUCAAUAACCAGCGCUACAACUAACACUUCAACAGAUACAACAAAUGAUUCAACAACUAGCGCAACAACUGAUCGUUCAACAUAUACAACAGAUGAUUCAACAACUAACACUUCAACAGAUAUAACAAAUGAUUCAACAACUAGCGCAACAACUGAUCGUUCAACAGAUGAAUCAACAACUAACGCUACAGCUAACAUUUCAACAGAUACAACAGAUGAUUCAACAACUAGCGCUACAACUAACAGUUCAACAGAUACAACAGAUGAUUCAAAAACUAGCGCUACAACUAACAGUUCAACAGAUAUAACAAAUGAUUCAACAACUAGCGCAACAACUGAUCGUUCAACAGAUGAAUCAACAACUAACGCUACAGCUAACAUUUCAACAGAUACAACAGAUGAUUCAACAACUAGCGCUACAACUAACAGUUCAACAGAUACAACAGAUGAUUCAAAAACUAGCGCUACAACUAAUAGUUCAACAGAUACAACAAAUGAGUCAACAACUAGCACUACAACUGAUAGUGCAACAGAUACAACAGAUGAUUCAAUAACUAGCGCUACAACUAACAGUUCAACAGAUACAACAGAUGUUUCCUUACCUACAACUACUAUUCCGACCACUCCGACCAACGUAUCCUCAGCAUUCAGUAUUAAGGAAGCUUAUUUUGCAAAAUAUGUUGUUUUGUUGCUAUCAAUAUUGUUAAGUGUUAUUUCAUUUUAAAGUAAUUAUUUACGUAAGGCAAAAUUUCGUAUUUAAUCUCACAAUUUUUAAAAGUUUUGUUUCUAAUAUAUAAUUUUUAUUUUAAGUGCGUUUGCUUUCGUAAAAAAUAUUUUUAUCAUAAUGAUAAAAAUGCUUACUUAAUGUCGAAUAAUAAAAAGAAAAGAGAAUGACGAGUUUCAUUUUC